CAGUGUUUACAUCUAGUGGUAGUGGUAGUGAUUAGCCUUCGACAUCAAAAAUAUUACUUGACCAGAGCCAUACAUCUGGAUAAAGAGGAAGAAGCUUACUGGAAGGAAGGAAGCAAUGAGGAGGCGUGGGGCUCUACUUUGCUACUAAUGCCAGCAUCGAGAGGGAUCUGCCCGCUGUGGGGGGCCUGGGCAUGGGCAGGAUAACUGGAUCCUCCAGCAUCGAAACCCUGGUCCGCGUGGGCAUCGAAAAGGAGCACGGACUGAGUCCCGAUUCCAAGAUGGUGGUGCUGCACGACUUUACGCCCUGCGUGGAUGACGAACUGGAGGUAAAGCGGGGACAGCUGGUCAAUAUCUUGUACAGGGAGAAUGACUGGGUCUAUGUAAUAGGCCAGGAUUCACGCCAGGAGGGCUUCAUACCCUUCUCCUACUGUGCUCCCUGCAACACUCAGCUGGCCGACUUGGCCGUCAAGAAGAAACUGCCCCGGGAACAGUGUCCCGAGCAGCCAAUCGAUGAGAACUUGCCGCUCUUGGGAACUGACAAUAAAUUGGAUGUGCUCUGUGAUGAGGCAUUGAACCCCGGGUCUGCCAACAGCAUGGAGAACAUACUGCUCGUGGAGCCGGAGUGCACGCCGUUCAUUAAGGAACCCUCCGGUCGCUGCAUCGUUCUGUACACCUUUAUAGCCAGGGACGAGAAUGAUUUGUCCGUGGAACGGGGAGAGUUUGUCACCGUCCUAAACCGUGAGGAUCCCGAUUGGUUUUGGAUAAUGCGCAGCGAUGGGCAGGAGGGCUUCGUUCCGGCCAGCUUCAUCUAUCCAGCGGACAGCGUCCGAGUGUUGCAGCAGCAGAAGGCCACCUUGAGUGCCAUGGAGACCAUUCUGCAACAGGGCCAGCAGGGACAGCAACAGCAGGGUCAGCAGCAGUCCCAACAGCAGUCCCAACAGCAGCAGCAACCACUGGGAUUAGGAACGGAUGACUUGCGCUACCAUGGCACCGAACUGGUGAUGCUGUAUGACUACAAGGCGCAGGCUCCCGAUGACCUGUACCUUUCGGUUCGUCGUGGGGACUGGAUUUAUGCCGAUCUAAACAAUCAAACGGUGGACGGAUGGCUUUGGGCUUAUGCACCCAAGACCCGCAAAUAUGGAUUUAUUCCGAAAGCCUAUGCUCGACCGCCUGCCAUGACGAGCCUCUGAGAGAUACCCUCGUUUUCAUUAUCACCAUAAUUAACACAUUUCGCUUUAGGUUUACAUUUCUUUCCAUUCUAUAUCGUGCCACCGUUCCAUUGAGUAAUAAAUUGUGCCUUAGGUUUAUUUUGUA